AUGAAGGUACGCUCGUCGAAGUCCACUCCCCUGCCGUCUUCGUCGUCGGCCUCGCCAAGCCCUCGUCCCACGGGCAGCGGGUCCUUCGCCAAGGCGGAUGGAUUGCAGUUCUCGAUUGACGGCGAGACCAAGUACUUCGCCGGCACAAAUGCCUACUGGCUCCCCUUCCAAAUGAACGAUGCGGACAUUGACUCCGUGUUCGAUCAUCUGGAGCAGGCCGGAUUGAAGAUCCUUCGUGUCUGGGGCUUCAACGAUGUUAACACCGCUCCCAGCCCCGGAACGGUCUACUUCCAGCUCCACGACAAGGAGAAGGGCACUUCCACCAUCAACACCGGCAAAGACGGUCUCCAGCGUCUUGACUAUGUGGUUGCUGCCGCUGAGAAGCACGGCGUCAAGCUCAUCAUUCCUUUCGUGAACAGCUGGGACGACUACGGCGGAUACAACGCCUAUGUCAAGGCCUACGGCGGCAGCAAGACUGAGUGGUUCACCAACGAGAAGAUCCAGAGCGUGUACCAGGCCUAUAUCAAGGCCGUUGUCUCUCGGUACAGGGACUCCCCGGCGAUCUUUGCUUGGGAGCUGGGCAACGAGCCUCGCUGCUCUGGAUGCAGCACUGAUGUGAUCCACGGCUGGGCCACCAAGAUCAGUGCCUACAUCAAGUCUCUGGAUCCCAACCACAUGGUCGCCUUGGGUGAUGAGGGCAUGGGCUUGACCAUCGGCUCUGAUCAGUCGUACCCGUACGGCACCAGCGAAGGAAACGACUUUGAGAAGAACCUGGCUAUCCCGGACAUUGACUUCGGAACUCUCCACCUUUACACCACUGACUGGGGUAUCAAGGACAACGCCUGGGGCAAUGGAUGGGUUGAGAACCACGCCAAGGCCUGCAAGGCUGCCGGUAAGCCAUGCUUGUUCGAGGAGUAUGGCAUGAAGGGCAAUCACUGCACCGACGAGCUGAAGUGGCAAAAGACCUCCCUGAGCUCGGGCACCGCGGCCGAUCUCAUCUGGCAGUAUGGUCAGCAGCUGUCCACGGGCGAGUCUCCCAAGGAUGCGUACAGCAUCUUUUACGGCACAGAUGAGUGGAAGUGCGCCGUUAUGGACCAUAUGGAAAAUGUCAACAAGAACUAA